AUGGAGGAGCACGCGCGUCGGCCCAGUUCUAUGCCGGCGCGGCCUGGAUCUCGCAAACGCGUCGCGCCGAUAAUCUCCGUGCUAACCCUAUGCCUCUUCGUCAACCUGUCAAUGAGCCUCUAUCAACUCCCCUCAAAUCGAUUGAUUGAGAGGCGCCUUUGUAUAGACUACUACUACCAGAAUGAUCCGUCGCAGAUCCAGCCCGAUGGCAGCGUUGAUGAGAAGCUAUGCAAGAUUCGAGAGAUAGAAAAAGACCUAGGUUGGAUUCAGGGCGUGAUGGAGACGCUCUGGGUCGCUGGAGACUUUAUCAUGACUAUACCCCUCAGCUUUCUGGCUGAGAAAUGGGGCCGUCGGGUAAUCCUCAGACUCAACCUUCUUUCGCGUUCUUUCAUGCUGCUAUGGGCUAUCAUGGUUGGAGCUUUCGAUACCCUACUCCCAAUCAAGGCCAUCGUGGUCGGCCCGGUGCUCUCAGUCCUUGGUGGAGACUGCGUCUUCAACUCUCUUACCUACGGCCUUGUCUCGAAUUUAACGGACGACCAUGUUCAACGAGCUAUCUACUUCGGAUACAUGAGCUCAGUGUCUUAUGUCGUAGCCUUACUUGGGCCUGCACUAGCUUCAUCUACCAUGACUAUAUCGCUAUGGCUACCGUUCUGGCUCGGCAUAUUCUUGCUGUCAUUGGCUGUACCUAGCAUACAGAUGCUACCUACGCAGGGAAACACAGACAUGGGAACCGAUGGUGAUGAUGAGAGCCAACAUGAACCCCUCCUCUCAUCCCCUCGUAUCAAAGCCCAAUCGCAUCAUGAGACACUACUUCAGUCUGUUAUUGACCGCCUUCAGACGAUCAAAACCAUCAUCGUCAGCCACCCAAAGAACUUUAGCUUGUUGCUGUUCAGCUUUGUACUCACAUCCCUUGCGAGCUCAGACACAAAGCUUCUUGUUCAGUAUAUAUCUGCACGUUACAAGUGGACAUUUGCUUCCGCCGGCUAUCUCUUAUCUGGAAAAGCAAUCGUCAACUUCACGUUACUCACCAUCGUUAUUCCCAAGCUUUUGCGAUCUGCACGCCAGGUGCGACAAGAAGAUGCAGCUGAGGUAGCGGAUAAGUCAAAUAUCCGAAACGCUAUGUACUGCCUCGUUGCAUCUGUAUUCGGCGCGUUGGGGAUCGCCAUUGCGAGUGAGAUUUGGAUAUUAAUCCCCUCUAUGUUUAUCUACGCUCUUGGUUCUGCCCUUCCUAUCUUCACUCUAUCACUCCUUAAAUCACCUGUCAUCUCGCCGCCUCAUUCUCGCGACUCGUCAGAUCCUGAACCUCACAUUUUCUCUAUUGUGAUGCUGGUAAAGACUGUUGGUUCACUUUUUGGGGCGCCUUUGAUGGCGGCGCUCUGGGUACGCGGUCUCGGGAUUGGCGGCAUGGCUCUCGGUAUGCCGUUCUUCGUCAGCCAGGCGUGUUAUGCUGUGGCCAUUUGGGUUUUCGUAAACAUAGAGGUAGACCGUGAUGUGCUGGCUGCUGCCGAGCGGAGGAGACGCAACCGGGACUAG